AAAAUCUCCGAGGCUCUGAAUCAGGAGAGCGUCGAGGGCUUUACUGCGGCGGUUGCCGAGUACGACAGCAUAACUCGACUGGAGCCCUGGACAACGGAGAUGCUGUUGAAGUUGAAGAAGACGAUUUCUGAUGAGGAGGACAUUACCUAA